CUACGGCGCGCGCUCGAGCAGAAUCUGACACCUGUACAAGCCUCGCUCUAGUCGCGUGUAACGCUUUGUGUCAGUUACGCGAGUGAUGAUGAGCGGCGCCGUGCGCUCGUGCGCUCAGUGAAGAAGGGCAUCUCGUGUCCGACACAAGACCCGAACUGCACUCGCAUCGUGGAACGCCUCUCCUCGUGGAACAACUCCGCGAUGAGCGCGUACAGGCUGGUGGAUUUACCCCCCACGACCACAUCUGUUGCCAUGGUGGAAGAGUCAGUUUACCCUUUCCCAACAGUGGAUGUGCCUGAUCAUGCUCAUUACACUAUUGGUGCUGUCAUCCUUGCUGUUGGCAUCACUGGCAUGUUGGGAAACUUCCUGGUCAUCUAUGCAUUCAGCAGGAGCCGGACCCUGAGGACACCUGCCAACAUGUUCAUAAUAAACCUUGCCAUCACAGACUUCCUCAUGUGUGCCACUCAGGCACCCAUCUUUUUCACCACCAGCAUGCACAAGAGAUGGAUCUUUGGGGAGAAAGGUUGUGAGUUGUAUGCAUUCUGUGGGGCUUUAUUUGGCAUCUGCUCCAUGAUCACGCUCAUGGUCAUCGCUGUGGAUCGAUACUUUGUGAUCACGCGGCCGCUAGCCUCCAUCGGUGUGUUGUCUCAGAAGAGAGCUCUGCUGAUCCUUCUGAUAGCUUGGGCUUAUUCACUUGGCUGGAGCCUGCCACCCUUCUUUGGCUGGAGUGCUUAUGUUCCUGAAGGGCUGUUGACCUCUUGCACCUGGGAUUAUAUGACCUUCACCCCCUCUGUGCGAGCUUACACUAUGCUCCUCUUCACCUUUGUCUUCUUCAUUCCUCUUAUCGUCAUCAUCUACUGCUAUUUCUUUAUUUUCAGAUCCAUUCGCAGCACUCAUGAAGCUGUGGGCAAAAUGAAUGGAGAUAACAAGAGAGAUUCAAUUAGACGAUUCCAACGGCUGAAAAAUGAAUGGAAGAUGGCGAAAAUUGCUCUUAUUGUCAUUCUCAUGUAUGUCAUCUCCUGGUCUCCAUAUUCAGCUGUGGCACUGACAGCCUUUGCUGGGUAUACUGAUAUGCUCACACCAUACAUGAAUUCAGUACCUGCUGUGAUAGCCAAAGCUUCAGCAAUCCACAAUCCCAUAAUCUACGCCAUCACACAUCCCAAAUACAGGAUGGCCAUAGCGAAAUACAUUCCGUGUCUUCGUGUGCUGUUGUGCGUCCCCAAGCAUGACCUUAACUCGUUCCAUAGCAGCUUUAUAUCCACACGUCGCUCCACCGUCACAAGCCAGUCCUCUGAUAUGUCCGGACAGUUUUGCAGAACCAGCACCGGCAAGUCCCGGCUCUCCUCAGCCUCCGACAGUGAAUCUGGCUGGACAGAUACUGAGGCUGAUCUCUCGAGCAUGAGCUCCAGGCCUGCCAGCCGGCAGGUGUCUUGUGACAUCAGCAAGGACACUGCGGAGAUCCCAGACUUCAAAUCUUGUAACUCAUCCAGCUUCAAGUCUAAGCUCAAAAGCCAUGACUCGGGCAUCUUUGAAAAGAGUUCCCUUGAUGUGGAUGAUGCCUCUGUGGUCGGACUCGUUCAUCCGGACCGCACUAACCCUUUAGCUGCUGGUGACGGUACAGACAUGUCAAUUUCAAGAGGUGCGAUUGGUCGGAUUCCCAGUAUUGUCAUCACCUCUGAGUCUAGCCCUUUCCUGCCCUCGGUACGGCCCAGCUACAGAAGCAGCCGCUCAAGCACGUCCCGUGCUGGGGCAAAUCCCCCCAGGAGAGACUCUCGUGGAGGAGUCCAGCAGGGGGCAGUGCAUCUCUCCACUGCUGCUAAAACACCUGAAUCUGCUCACUUAGACAACCCUUAGUGCUUAUACCUCUUCACUCGCCAUCUGAAACUUACCUUCAAGCUUUGUAUUGGGGUUCAGUAUUUUUUGUGAGUUAUCCUGCUCUGUGGUUUAGACCUUUAGUAAAGGGAACUU